GAGUCUUCUGAAAUUCUGCGUGCUGCAAGAGAAAUGAAAUGGAAGCCUUGGAGGCAGGAAGCUGACUAGCGAGUUGCUUAAUUAUUGUGGAAGUAAGUGCUUGUUACCGUUGAGUGGAGUACAGCGAGUGCGGGUCGUCCUCGGGUGUCAGCCACCCGUGAUUUGUAGACAAUGCCGCCCUGUCAGCUCAGUGCUGGUUCAGCAGCAUCUUUCCAAACAUGUAUUUGGCAAGAAUUUAAAGGCCACCUCUUGUGUAAUUUGUGGAGUCUUGGAAAAGGAUCCUCUGCCUUUCUUUUCAGGAUAUGCGCAACCAUGCAGGAUUUUGUACUCAGAAUCUGUGCCUCCCGCCUCCUGCCUGACGUGCUCUUGAGGAAGUUCGUUUUCGUGGCCAUCACCUGGAAGGAUGAUAACAGUUCUCUGUAAUCUGCUGGGGGAUAUGGAGAGAGCUACCCAGAGCAGCAUUUUGAUCCUGCCAUCUUCAUAAAUAGCACUGAUGGGGUGGAGUAGGUUGCACUGCGUAAGGAAAUGCAGGCAUUUGUUCGUUAGUGAAUACUUCUAGCCUUAAGAGUGGGUGAAACUAAGGAGAGCUUGGGAAGAGGUGGUGGCGAAUACCGGAUUCAUUCUGAAAUAUUCUUCGUCUGGAGAAAUCAUGGGAUUAUGACAAUCACAGAGUCCUACUAAAACAAGUUCCAUUCAGUUUUUUCUGAAAGAAAUCUGUCUGUCGAAGUGAAGCAAAGGAACUAUUGUGGAUUAUAAUGUUUUGAAGUUCUGGAUUUUCAGUGGCUGGAAAAUAAGGCAUCAUUUAACCUUUUAAAUGAAAAAGAUUAAGAUCUCAUACAACUGUUGUAUUUUCUGGAAGCCAUUCUCCAAAAGGAAAGUGCACAUUUAAGUUACAGAUAUGAUGGUCCUUUCUGCAGGGAUUUAAGUCAAAUUGCUUUUACAUCAUGACCAGCUUGAAACGGUCACAGACAGAAAGGCCCGUUGCCACUGACAGGGCCUCUGUCGUCAGCACAGACGGCACCCCCAAAGUCCACACCGAUGACUUCUACAUGCGACGCUUCCGGUCCCAAAAUGGCAGCUUAGGCUCAUCAGUCAUGGCUCCUGUAGGACCUCCCCGAAGUGAAGGUUCUCACCAUGUAACCUCGACCCCCGGAGUCCCAAAGAUGGGGGUUAGGGCAAGGAUUGCAGAUUGGCCCCCAAGAAAGGAAAACAUAAAAGAAUCUAGCCGUUCAAGCCAGGAAAUAGAAACCUCAAGUUGCCUUGAAAGCAUGUCCUCCAAAAGCAGUCCUGUGAGUCAGGGAAGUUCUGUUAGCCUCAAUUCCAAUGACUCAGCUAUGCUGAAAAGCAUACAGAACACACUGAAAAACAAGACAAGGCCGUCGGAGAACAUGGACUCCAGAUUUCUCAUGCCUGAAGCCUAUCCCAGCUCCCCUAGGAAAGCUCUUCGCAGAAUACGGCAGAGGAGCAACAGUGAUAUCACCAUAAGUGAACUUGAUGUGGAUAGCUUUGAUGAAUGUAUCUCACCCACAUACAAGACUGGACCAUCACUGCACAGGGAAUAUGGUAGCACAUCUUCAAUCGAUAAACAGGGAACAUCUGGAGAAAGCUUUUUUGAUUUGCUAAAGGGCUACAAAGAUGACAAAUCUGAUCGAGGUCCAACUCCAACCAAGCUCAGUGACUUCCUUAUUGCUGGUGGGGGAAAGGGUUCUGGUUUCUCUUUGGAUGUUAUAGAUGGGCCCAUUUCACAGAGAGAGAACCUCAGGCUUUUUAAGGAAAGGGAAAAACCACUCAAGCGACGUUCCAAGUCUGAAACUGGAGACUCAUCCAUUUUUCGUAAAUUGCGCAAUGCCAAAGGUGAAGAACUUGGGAAAUCAUCGGAUCUUGAAGAUAACCGAUCAGAAGACUCUGUCAGGCCCUGGACAUGUCCAAAGUGCUUCGCCCACUACGAUGUCCAGAGUAUAUUAUUUGAUUUGAAUGAGGCAAUUAUGAACAGGCACAAUGUUAUUAAGAGGAGAAACACCACCACGGGAGCUUCAGCAGCGGCUGUGGCGUCCUUGGUCUCUGGACCUUUGUCCCAUUCAGCCAGUUUUAACUCCCCGAUGGGCAGCACCGAGGAUCUGAAUUCCAAAGGAAGCCUUAGCAUGGACCAGGGAGACGAUAAAAGCAAUGAACUUGUAAUGAGCUGUCCAUAUUUUCGGAAUGAGAUAGGUGGAGAAGGUGAAAGGAAAAUCAGCCUGUCAAAAUCAAAUUCUGGCUCCUUUAAUGGAUGUGAAAGUGCCUCCUUUGAGUCUACCCUUAGCUCCCAUUGCACGAAUGCAGGAGUAGCAGUACUUGAAGUGCCCAAGGAAAACUUGGUGCUGCAUCUGGACAGAGUGAAAAGAUACAUCGUGGAACAUGUGGAUCUCGGAGCAUACUAUUAUAGGAAAUUUUUCUACCAGAAGGAACACUGGAACUAUUUUGGGGCUGAUGAAAAUCUUGGUCCGGUGGCUGUGAGCAUUCGAAGGGAAAAACCAGAAGAAAUGAAAGAAAAUGGAUCUGCAUAUAACUACCGAAUAAUUUUUAGAACUAGCGAGCUCAUGACACUGAGAGGUUCGGUCCUGGAGGAUGCCAUUCCCUCAACGGCAAAGCACUCGACAGCCAGGGGGCUGCCUCUGAAAGAAGUGCUGGAGCACGUGAUUCCCGAGCUCAGUGUCCAGUGCCUGCGGUUGGCCUUCAACACUCCCAAAGUCACAGAGCAGCUCAUGAAACUGGAUGAACAAGGGCUGAACUAUCAGCAGAAAGUAGGGAUCAUGUACUGCAAAGCUGGACAGAGCACCGAAGAAGAGAUGUACAACAAUGAAUCAGCCGGCCCGGCCUUUGAGGAAUUCCUUCAGCUGUUGGGAGAACGAGUUCGGCUCAAAGGAUUUGAGAAGUAUCGUGCACAGCUUGACACCAAAACCGACUCCACUGGAACCCAUUCUCUAUACACAACAUACAAAGACUAUGAAAUUAUGUUCCAUGUUUCUACCAUGUUGCCGUACACGCCCAACAACAAGCAACAGCUCCUACGGAAGCGGCACAUUGGAAAUGAUAUUGUAACAAUUGUUUUCCAAGAGCCUGGAGCACAGCCAUUCAGUCCAAAAAACAUCCGAUCCCACUUUCAGCAUGUUUUUGUCAUUGUCAGGGCUCACAACCCCUGCACUGACAGUGUCUGUUAUAGUGUGGCCGUCACCAGGUCCAGAGAUGUGCCUUCUUUUGGGCCUCCCAUCCCUAAAGGGGUCACUUUCCCUAAGUCAAAUGUGUUCAGGGACUUCCUUUUGGCCAAAGUGAUUAAUGCAGAAAAUGCUGCUCAUAAAUCAGAAAAGUUCCGGGCAAUGGCAACUCGGACCCGCCAGGAAUACCUGAAAGAUCUGGCAGAAAAGAAUGUCACCAACACCCCUAUCGACCCUUCUGGCAAAUUUCCAUUCAUCUCUCUGGCCUCCAAGAAGAAGGAAAAGUCUAAGCCAUAUCCAGGAGCUGAACUCAGUAGCCUGGGGGCCAUUGUGUGGGCAGUCCGGGCCAAAGACUACACCAAGGCUAUGGAAAUAGACUGCCUUUUGGGAGUCUCCAAUGAGUUCAUCGUCCUCAUUGAACAGGAAACGAAGAGCGUGGUUUUCAAUUGUUCCUGCAGAGAUGUGAUAGGCUGGACUUCAGCUGACACCAGCCUCAAAAUCUUCUAUGAGCGAGGAGAAUGUGUUUCAGUGGAGAGUUUCAUUAACAACGAGGACAUCAAAGAGAUUGUCAAAAGGUUGCAGUUUGUUUCAAAGGGUUGUGAGUCGGUGGAGAUGACUCUGCGAAGAAAUGGGCUAGGACAGCUUGGCUUCCAUGUCAACUACGAGGGCAUUGUGGCGGAUGUGGAGCCCUAUGGCUAUGCCUGGCAGGCUGGGUUGAGGCAGGGCAGCCGCCUGGUUGAGAUCUGCAAGGUGGCAGUGGCCACUCUGAGCCAUGAGCAGAUGAUUGAUCUUCUGAGAACAUCAGUCACAGUGAAGGUUGUCAUCAUACCCCCCCACGAUGACUGCACCCCACGGAGGAGUUGCUCUGAAACCUACCGCAUGCCAGUGAUGGAGUAUAAAAUGAACGAAGGCGUUUCAUAUGAAUUCAAGUUUCCCUUCCGAAAUAAUAACAAGUGGCAAAGGAAUGCCAGCAAGGGGGCUCAUUCACCUCAAGUCCCAUCCCAGGUGCAGAGUCCCAUGACCUCACGGCUGAACGCUGGGAAAGGGGAUGGGAAAAUGCCUCCUCCAGAAAGAGCCGCCAACAUUCCUCGAAGCAUCUCCAGUGAUGGGCGCCCACUAGAGAGGCGGUAA